UGCGGAGAUGCAAACCACAACGCGACGACUUGGCCUUCUCGGUCUGCUGGUGGUGCUGGGUGGCAUUGUGGCCCAGGGCAAGCCACAUGGCUGGAGCAGUGGCGGAGGUGGCUGGUCCUCUGGUGGCGGCAGCAAGGUCAUCAUCAGUGCCUGGCCUUCCAGUGGCGGCGGAGGAGGUUGGUCCUCGGGCGGAUCAGGAUCAGGUGGCUGGAAGAGCGGCGGCGGUAGUGGCGGCUGGUCAUCCGGUGGCUCUGGAGGCGGCGGCUGGAAGAGCGGCGGUGGUUCCAGUGGUUGGUCCUCCGGCGGCGGAUCCUCUGGCUGGCCCAGUUCCGGCGGCUCCUCCGGCUGGAAGUCCGGCGGCAGUUCAGGAUUAUCCAGUGCCCUGUCCAGUCUCUCCGGCUGGAAAUCGCAGGCUUUGAGUAGCCUGAGCAGCGGUUGGAAGAGUGGUGGAGGCGGUGGCUGGUCAUCUGGAGGAUCGGGAGGCGGCUGGUCAUCUGGUGGUUCUAGAGGCGGCGGCGGUUGGUCCUCCGGCGGAGGAUCCUCCGGCUGGCCCAGCAAGAUCAGCAGUGGCUGGUCCUCCGGCGGUGGUGGUGGCAACGGCGGAUGGUCCUCCGGCGGAAGCGGCGGCUGGAGCUGGUAAACGAAUCCCGGACAAGAGACCACACAGAACCGAGGCUAGCCGGCGACAUUAAGGCGAUUAAACUGCUCAGCUUGUACAUAACAUUUUCUCUGCCCUUAUCUUUAUCCAACUUUUUUUUUUGUGUAU